UCUCCGCUAUCUGACAAGACUUUUUUUCCUACGGAGAAGAAAGAUCCGAGGGGGGAAGGGGAAGAAAAAGGGGAGCAUGGGGCGGCUGCUGAUAACAUGCUGACUUCGCUGACACUUCCCAGUGGAUCAUCCGACGGACAAGAUGUCUUGAUCGAAGACAUAGAAAAUGACGAUUCACUGAACUUGAGAAAACAACCUCAAGCGUCGACGCCAUUGGCGCGCAGUGAGGUGAAGGCGGGCGCGGUGAGCAUCAGUAAACAGCCUCCAGCUUCAACGCCAAUGGCGCGCAGUGAGGGAGCGCCUGCGGCUACCAGAGGGCAGGGGAAUGCCGACAAGGAGGUGAAGGGGAGGGAGGAGGUGAAGGGGAGGGAGGAGGAGGAGGCGGAGGUGGAGGAGGAGGAAAAGAAGAGAGAGGAGAGGAGGGGGGACCAAAAGAGGGAGAGGGAGUUGCCUGCUGCCGGCAGAGGGCAGGGGAAUGCCGAGGAGGUGGAGCUGGCAGAGGGAGAGAAGAGAGAGGAGGAGAAGGAGGACAAGAAGAGAGACGCUGUGCAGGGCAAUGCCGAGGGGGAGGCGGGAGUGGGGGAGGAAAAGAGGGCCACGGAGAAGCGGAGGGAGGAAAAGAAAGGGCAUGAAGAAGAAGAGUCGAAGGACAUUUCCAAGAAGGACAAGAAGAAGAUGGGCGAACACAAGAACGGGGCCGAGUUGCUGGCCAAAAGUUUGCAGGUGAAGUUGAAGAGUAUGGCGGCAGAUUCAUCUGCUCAACUGAGGAGUCUCUACUCCUUGGAUUCCGCGUCUCCACCAUCGGCAACAAUGAAGAGGGCAAGCUUGGGAGAAGAAGAAGACAAGAAAAAGAAGCAAUCAAACCUGAAGGGGAAAGCACGAGAACCCCUUGUGGAUUCGAACACACAAUCUCUGUCUCUGCAGAGAAUGGAGGGGAUGAACAGCUCUAGCGUGGCGAGAGCAGCAACAACCCAGCCGGCGGAGCCCCAGGAGUUGGAAAACUACUUAGCUCAGAUGAAGGCUAUCAGUCCUUAUCUUCCCAGAUUGCUGAAGGAGAAAGCGAAUCAAGAGAAAGAGGCGUUGACGAAACAACCUUGGACAGAGUCUUUCACAGCUGCUGUGCUUAUUGCGGACAUCACAGGCUUCACUCCUCUGACAGAGAGAGCAUUGACAUCGAAACGAGGGACAGAGCUGGUGGAAGAGUUGACCGGAUGCAUCAAUGCAUACUUCAGCCAGGCAACAGACCUGGUCCUACAAUAUGGAGGAGAUAUCAUGAAGUUCGUGUACAGCGUUGAGUUCGCGGGAGAUUCUAUUAUUGUUUGCUUCCGAACCGAUCUUUCAAGCCGUGAGACAGAUGCAAGUUGUGCUUUGCGAGCAGCAUCAUGUGGGUUCGAACUCAUUUCCACUCUGGGCUCGUACACUCCCCAGUUGGGGGGUUAUGCAGAGAUUAGUGAAGCCGCAAGUGGGGCAGAGGCCGACCUAACUGUGAUGGAGACAGGGGAAACGACAGAGCACCGGAGGUCUAGUGCUGAACUUGUGGACAUCCGCGUUCUGUUGGUUGAUACAGGCGAAGUCCAUCGUGCUGUGCUCACCAAGAUGCUGAUGAGACUAGGAAUCAAGGAGGUAGCCAUCAUCCCUGUGCCUCCCUGACACCCCUUCAUAAGUUGUUGGAACUUGUUGCCAGAUUUGUGCAACGCUGCAUUUUGGAAGCAUACACGGUAACAUGACAUGCAGUUACACGAUU